GGUGUGGGCGCCCGUAGAACGGCGACGUGUUCCGCGGGGCGGACAAGUUGCGUUCACCAGCACCAGCUCGUCGCCGGGGCGGCGCCUGGUCCGGUUCUAUAAAGCAUCGCGACGCCGCGACGACAACUUCGCUCCUUCCGUCACGCCACUUCACUUCUAUUGACGCACGCAUUAUCGGCAAUCAGCAAAGGUGGCGAGAUUUGAAUCACGCGUCAAUCCGACCGAUAUACCCAUGGCGACCAUGAGCAACGGCAACGGGUCCACGAUGCAGAUCAACAGUCGACCCGAUGACAUUCGCAAGCGGAUUAUCGGAUCGGAUGAUAGUGCGCAGGGGGACACAACGACAUGUGGGAACAUCCUGGUCGUAUUGUCGUGGAUCAUAGUAAUCAUAACGAUGCCGUUCUCCCUCUUCGUUUGCUUUAAGGUCGUACAAGAGUACGAAGGGCCGUCAUAUUCCGGCUGGGGCGUCUUCUAUCUGGCGGUGCUAAGGGUCCCGGUACGACUAAAAACCAUCUCUCGUUAUAUCAAUCUAUUCAUUUUAAGAUAG